AUGGCCGGUACGACCUCCCUUGCCGCCCCGACGAUCGCGGUCGCCGAGGUCCGCCAUGGCAGCGUCACCAAGAAGAUCGCUGUCUACGAGAAGAUGCGCCCGAGCGAGCUCAACCUGAUGCUGCAUGCGGCCUUCUUUGCCCAAGGAGCGCCCGAGUGGGCGACGGACGCCGUCGGCUUUGCGCAUGCCAAGACCAAGACCUUUAUCCCGCUUGCGAUUGGCACGGCCUUUCCGACGCUCUUCCAGCCCAACCACACGUACGAGCUCGUGCUGGCCAAGGCGGCGGGGACGACGACGACGACGAGUACGCCAGCCGUGCCCGCGUCGCGCCCAUGGACCGAGCAGCUCUACGCGCUCUUGUCGCAAUGGAGCGCCACGUCGCCGUCGGCGCUGAGUCCCGAUCAGCUGAAUCGCCUCGAGCUUCUCAUCGGCCAAGGCCACCCCGUGCUGCGACAGGCGUAUGCCACGUACGAGGCCGACAAGUCGCUCGAUGCCCUGUACGCGGCCGUGCACCGCGUCUUGGGCGUCGUCUUGCAGCAGCAAAAGUCCUCGUUUACGCGCGUCGUCAAUGCGCUCUCGGUGCUCAAGCCCCAUGACAUUGCGCUCAUCCACGAGCUGUACACCCAAGGCAACGAGCUCGUGCUCGCGGCAUGGGAGGUCUACGAGCUCGACGAAGACCGAAUGGAGUUUGCCGACACGCUGCUGCGUAUCGUGCGCUUCAAGUCGGCGGCGGUCGCGUCGCCUUUGCCACCGAGCGUACAUGAUGUCACCGCGCUCUCGAUGGAAGACGUGCUCAAGGAGAUGCAGUCGCGCAACGCCCUCACGAGCCUCCAGUACCAGGGGCUGCUUCGGCUCUGGCGCGCCAAGAACGACGCUAUGGUCGGCGCCAUGGAAGCCUUCCAGGUCGACCACGACCUCAAGGAGCUCGUCGAGACGCUCCUCCUUGUCGUCAAGCACGCCGGCUUGACCAAGCAAAAACCAGCGCCGAUUACAGUGCCCCGUGUCGACCUCGAAGAGCUGCAUCCGCUCUCGCCCACUGCGCAAGCCCUGCGGUCGCCGCCGUCGUACGGGACAUUUGCACCGGGCUCGGCGCCGUCGACGCCCGUGCAAGGCACCGCGCGGACCUCGUCGUCGUUGUCGGCG